AACAAUAACAAUAACGAAAAAGAACCUUUUUCUAACAAAAGUGAAUCACAACGCAAAAAUAAAUAAGAACUGGAAUUGGUUUAUCGUUUUAUUGAAUCUCCUUCAAUAAAAAUCCAUCAAAAGAUUCAUCUUUUUUCCAUUAACACUUUGAUUUUUUAUUUUCACAAAAAAAAAUCAAUUUAAAGCAAGCAAAAACGAGGUUAUUGUAGAAAAAGAAUUGAGUUUUAUUAGAGAAAUUAAAAGAUGGGUUGUGGAAAAUCAAAACACGAUGUUGUUACGGGAAACACCACGAGGAUCAAGAAACCUUCGGAAGCUGAAUCAGUGAAGGGAAAAGAUAGCGAAGCAAUUAAAAGACAAGAAAGCUGCCGGUGCCAGGAAACAAACGACGUUUCCGCCGUAGUUCCCGGCGACCAGCCGGAGACAACCGUAGAAAACAAUAGCAAGAAACCGGAGGAAAAGGAAGAUGGAGGAGAUUGUAGUGAGGAGAUGGCGGUAGACAAUGCGAAUGGUGACAAACAACCGGAGGAAAAAGAGACGGCAGCCAGUUUUCCUCCGGUCACGGCGGUGGAGGCGAUAGUGCCGGAGAAUAUUGUGACGGAGGAGACCGUCAACGACGUAAAUGAGAGUGUUUCGCCGGUUGAAGAACAAAAGGAAAAAAUUGAUAUUGAUACGGUGGUAGAAGAGAAAAGUGUAGAGGAUGAAAAAGAUGGUGAUGUUGAUACCGAAAUUGCAUCUUCUGAGGUUGAAGAACCAAUACCGGAGGUACAUACUCCAGUAACAACGGAAUUAGAAGCACAAGAAAUUCCGACCACGGAAACUGACGAAAUCGCAGCCACGGAAAAUGACGAUAUCGCAGCCACGGAAAAUGACGAUAUCGCAGCCACGGAAAAUGACGAUAUCGCAGCCACGGACAAUGAUGAUAUCACGGCCAGGGAAAAUGAUGAAAUUCCGGUUUUAAAGGAUGAAGAUAAAGUUGAUGUUGUAGAGGAAAACUCGGCCAAUAUAACAAAGGAAGUUGAGUCGGCAUGAAGAAGGCAAAAGAAGAGAAUGUAAAGAAAGUUUGUACUCUAUAUGUAUCCAUCACCAAAUCAAAUAAUUGUUUCUUUCAAAAACAAAUAAAGUAAACAAAUGCUAUUUCUUAAAAAUCAUUCUAUU